AUGGGAGAAACUAAGGAUCUCCAGAUUAUUCUUUCAGAGAUUUAUCAACACUCCUAUACCCCAGAUCAUGAUGCGCGAGCCAUUGUGUUUGAUAUAGGGGAACAAGCUAAAUGUGGUGAUUGGAAUGGCUGCCUUUUGGCUGUCGGUACUAGUGACGCCAGUAUUCUGAUCUUCAACCCGGUAGCCCUCGAUGACAUUUAUACUUUACCAACAAAGUUCCAAAAACAAUAUAUCUUGGCCAAAACAAAGAUCGAUCUUUCCAGCGUGUUCAAAAGUUCUGUCGAUUUUCUUCAGUUUACCAGCCGUUACCUUCUAGCUGCGUCGGUAGACUCUUCCAAGAUUAUUUUGAUCAACCACGUAAGUGAUCAACAGUCUUCCAAUAAUAUGAAACUAUCUGAUAUCAAGCAUCAGGUAUUUGAUUUGCCACCUGGGUUCAUUAACUCUAUGGAUGUCAAUGAUGAUGGUGUGAUUGCUGUUGCCAUGGACUCUAAACAAGUGAUGAUCUACAAUUGCAAUGACAUACAACCUACUCCAAUGUCAUUUAGACUUACCAAUAUUCCAACCAUGGUUCAGUUUGCAUCGUUUUAUAAUAGGGAGUACCUUUUGAUAUUGGAAGCGACAAAUAUUGUGAAAAUACUUGAUUGGAAGUCAUAUGAGUGGCUUGUUUCUAUUUACCCAACUUCUUAUGAUUCAAACAACGCGAAGUCCGAAGUGAGUAACAUCUUCACCACUACAAAUGAGCUUUUGAUUCUGGGACUCAAUGGCUGGUUCAAAAAAUAUGAUUUGAAUGAGAUCAUUGGAGGUGCGGGAUAUACCAAGCCUAGCCUGAGUGGGACACUUUUUGGAUUCUUGAAUCCAGAAUCAUCACCGACACCCGUGACAAUUUCUAAGUCUACGAACUCUUUCAACAAUCCACAAAAAAAGUUAGCAAAUAUCACCAAACAACAAAUACUGGUUUAUGACUUUGAUCGGGUUUUGAAAACCUCUGCGGGUGGCGAUAAUGGUGUUGUUGAUCCAAAGGUGAUUAAGGUGAACUUGCCGAGUUACGAGAUUUGUGCAGGAAGCAUUAGUGAAGAUAACGUUGUGGCCAUAACCAGUGGCACUAGGCUAUUAUUAGUUUCUUUGAAUAAUUGA